UGUGCUGUACUUAUGUUUCAAAGAGAAUUUGCUCUCCGACUAGUUGCAAAGCCUGGAGAUAAAUCAUACUGCAAACUCUCAAUCAAUACACAGCUCUUAGCACGUGUGGACCAUCUGAUGAAAGUUGGAAAGAAUAACUUCGGGCCACCACCCGAGGUAGAAUCCAGUGUCGUAAGAAUAGAACCUAAGAAUCCACCACCACCUAUCAAUUUUCAGGAAUGGGAUGGCCUAGUAAGGAUUACCUUUGUUAGGAAAAACAAGACACUCUCUGCUGCAUUUAAGUCAAGUGCAGUACAACAGCUGUUGGAAAAAAACUACGGAAUUCACUGUUCGAUCCAUAAUAUUAUAAUACCAGAAGAUUUCAGCAUAGCAGAUAAAAUACAGCAAAUCCUAACCAGCACAGGUUUUAGUGACAAGCGGGCCCAUUCCAUGGACAUAGAUGACUUCAUGAGAUUGCUACAUGGAUUCAAUGCAGAAGGUAUACAUUUUUCUUAG